UGGAUGCAGCAGCGGUGCAGCUUCAAUCCAAAGAGAUCCACUGGGAUCCCAGUCAACACACACACACACACACACACACACAUUUAUAUGUGCACACUAACCUUAAAGCUCUGAAUCUCUGGUCUUAACCCCAAUCCUAAUUCCAACCCAAAAUCAAGCCUUGACCUCACUAAUCCUCUUAAACAAGUAAGAAAAGGCAAAAUGUCCUCACUUAGCAUGCUUGUUUCUGUCCCCAGCAGUAAUUGAAACACAACACACACACACACACACACACACACACGCAGGGGCUGCCUGUGUAAAGAGGCGGGCUUUAGGACCCGGUGGUGAUGUAGCUGCAAAGCGGAGGAGAGGGCUGCAGUGUCUUGAAGGAAGCUGGAGAGAAGCUGAGAGGGUCACAGAGAAGUUUGCAUGCGUGGAGAGACGCUCCGAGGAAGAAGACGAGGAUGGGAGAGGACACGGCGCGUGGGGGGGGGAGAGGCUGCCAGGUGCGUUGACAGCAAUAACAUCCUCUCGUGUGCUGGUACGUGCAUACAGUAGCUGUGUGCGCUCACGGAUGCAAAACAAGGAGCACGGGAUUGUCUUCACAGAGGACUCGUCGUGAGGACACAGUCCAGCCCGAAGGUAUUGUGAAGUAUCUACCAGUCCUGUAUCAAGUAUCAAACCAUGAUGUGCAGUUCUACUGUAACGUCUUCUGGUGUCUCUGCAGAGCACGUCCUGAUGUCUGAGGCCUUCCAGGAGGAGUCAAUCAGAACCCAACUUCCUCUUCUUCCUCCUCGAGGAUAAAGAGCCUCGCUCUGCUCGUUUGUCCUGAAUUCAGGCUUGUGAAGUUGGACAUUAAAAAUACAUGUCCCACAGGAGCUCAGGCCAGCAGCAAAGCCGGCGUACCAUAAAUCAACACGCCGCCUCUUUGAUUUCUUCAUCAUGGCACGCUGCGGCUGCUGCGGUGGCGGCGGCGGCGGCAGACGCGGGCGCGGCCCGGCGCUGGCGGGCCGGCUGACCUGCCGAGGCGCACCGUAGGAUUUAUUUGUGGAGCCUCAUUGCUUUUACAGAUUAACUGCCCUCCAAUAUGCCCCCAAUCCGCCCAUCCAGCCGCUAGUUUGACUGCUGCCGCAUAAGCAAGCGUCAGUGCAGUCAUCCGGAACAUUUGGGACGCAUUUAAAUCACAGCAGCAUAUUUUACCUUGUCCUUCCUCAACUGUCUCAACUUUCUUCCUCAUCCUCGACACCGGGGAUUUAUUCUCUUUCCACAAGACGUACUUUAAGACUUCUUCCAGCAGGGCGUGUUCACAGGCCUGCUGAGGAGGUCCAUAAUUCAGACGUUAUUAUAUUCAUGAAGUCAUCCUGGUGUGACGCCAACAGUCGAUGACAUCGUGUGGAAUCUUUGAGAGGAUUGCUGCUGUCCUCCGGAGCAACGCGUUUAGUAAGAGAGAAAUCAAAGAAUUGGAUUAAAGAUGGAUUAUCAGUGAAAGACUAGCAGCCAGCAAAGCAUCUGCCUGAGCGUAAUCCCAUUGUGGAGCCGCUGGGCCACUCCGAUUCUGCAGAUUACAUUUGGGCGUGGAUGCCGCUCAAAGACAGCGAUGGAGAACCGCGAUGAGCUGGAGCACCCUCUUCUGGGAGAAAAUCCACAUCCCAGCCGGGUGACGGCGCCCGGGGCGGCACCUGGAGGCGUCUUCAAGGGGAUCCUGGUCAAGUGCGAAGAGGACAGGGCCUACCCUCCUCUGGCGUGGAGGGGCUACUGUGGACAUCCUCCAGAUGUUGUUCAGCAGCAGCCCCAGCAGCUUCUGGACCCCUGUUCUUUGCCUCACACGCUGGAGUCCUUCUACCCGGCCGCCCCCAUCUGGGGUCACGCGGACUCCCUGCUCAGCAAGGACUACCUGGAGACCACAUUUGUGGACAUCGGGCCCGGGUCCACGCUGGAGAGGAAGCUGCUGGCCGAGGCGCACGACUUCCACAGCGCGUCCUACAGCUUGGAUGACGAGGACGACCUGCUACCCGAUUCCGACGACUCGUCCAUUGAAGACUUUAGCGAUAGCGACAGCGACAGCAACUUCCCUCUGAUGAUCCCUCAGGACUACCUGGGCCUCGCUUUCUUCUCCAUGCUCUGCUGCUUCUGGCCCCUGGGCAUCGCCGCCUUCUACCUCUCGCAGAAGACCAACAAGGCUUCCGCCGAGGGCGACUUCCAGGGGGCAAACGCGGCAUCUCGCCAGGCUCUGUGGCUCUCCGUUCUCUCCAUCGUGUUUGGGAUCAUCACCUACAUCUGCGCCAUCGCCGCCCUCAUUUCCUACCUGUCCGCCAAGCCGCCAUAAAUGCCCUCCCACCCCGACAUCGGGCGCACAAAAAAGUGGACCUUGUGCACGCUAAUUGUAAUAAUAAGAAUAAUAAGAUUAAUUAUCACAUUUUAGUGCAGCCAUUCUUCUUCUGAGGUUGUCUUCUACCUUCAACUCUAAGCGGAUGUGCUUGAUUUACCCACCUGCAGCGCCCCCUGACACUAGUGUGCGUGUGUUGCCACGUUAGCUUGACCAAAUUUAGAAGAAACACUGUAGAUAUCAUUAUCACCAUGAACAAGUGUGCAGUUAGCAGCGUUAGCAACUUCAAAAAGGACAUAGGGGCAGAGGAAAGAACCCUGGUGGACCUCAGUCUGCUUUGGAAUCCUCGUGCUGACAUCCUGUAGGUCCCAUAAGACAAUGUUUUCUGAAUAAUUGCAUUUCUAGAAUCUAGAAACUAGAAUCUGCUGAUUGUUAGCAUCCACUAGAUCAGGGGUGUCCAAACUGCAGCCCAGAGCCAUUUGCGGCCCUUGGCUGUUUUAUUGGCCCACGGCACAUUUGAAAAAUAUAAUUUAAUAAGAAAACAUAAUCAUACCACAACAACAGCAAAAAAAUAAAAUAUAAUAAAACUAUAAUAAAAUGUAAAAUACAAGACUGAAGACAAAAUAUAAUAUAAAAUAAAAAUAUAAUAAAAAAAGUUGCAGUCUAAUGAGAAAAGUCUUAAUUUUACGAGCAUAGUACGAGGAAAAAUAACCUCAUAAAGAAAGGUUAUUUUUUUAUGUUACUAUUACGAAAAACAAACCAAACAUUUUGGGGAAAUUAGCUUGGAAUUCAUUCAAAAUGGAAUGUCAAUAAAUUAUAAUAAAUAAUAAAUUUGAAAUAGUUUGGUGAGGGUUGAGGGGGCAGCAGAAAUGGGGGGAAAAACUGAUGUUACGAGAAAAGAUAGGUGCAAUUUUACAAGAAUUGUAAUAUGUAAUAGGUUGUAAUAUGAAAAAAUAAAUAAUUGAAAAAUGGGAUUGGGGUAAAAAACCUCAAAUAUAAUAAUAGGAAUAAAGUCAUAAUAUUAUGAGAAAAAAUGUAUUAAUCAUUUAAGAAGAAAGUUGAAAUAUUGGGGAAUUUUAAAAAAGUAGGAAUAAACCAGCAAACACUGAAGUUGAUGCCAAUAAUCUUUUCCAUCUAUUAUAUCACAAAGCUGAGGUGCAGUUUUUUCUUGAAAUAUAAAUAACUUCUUAGUACGGAGCCCCAGAGGAGACAUGAAGAAAGAAAAAAAUUUUGUGUGUGUGUGAGUUUGUAUUAGUACUACGUAUUAGUCAUUUUCUUGUAUUGCAGUAUCAUCUUUCGUCAUGUGACGCUGGAAAAAUGGAGGACACCCCUGCACUAGAUGAUAUCUUGUGUAGAAAUAUCUCACGUGUAGAAAAGAUGUAAGUAACCCCUUACAAGCCACCUUUUUGCUUCUUUGUUGCUGUCGCUUUUCUGUGUGAACAGCACCGACAGGGAACGGGGGCAACAUGCCACAACAUUCAGGUCCCGUGGGCGGGAUCAGAGCCGUGACAGAGGCCGGGCGAUGCUUGUGUGAAAGUGUAUCCUGCGUUACCGGGAAGUCAACCGCUUUACCCGCCGACCAAUACUUGAUGGAAUACUUUGCUGCUGUUGCUGUGUGAAAAGUGUGCAGUGACGGCAACGUCGCGGUUUCUGUUGAAAAAGCACUGGCGGGUAAAUGCCGUUAUGGCUCUGAUGCGCCGACAGCGCGGGCUCUGUGUGAAAGGGGCUGGUAUCUUGACUGCACGGUUUUUGCUGUGUUGAGGUGCUGCCUUCCAGGAAACUGAAAAGUCGGAAAAUUCCAACCUUCAAGGGAAAGCACAAUAAGGGAAGGAUGCUAUGACAUGGCCGCACAAAAAAAAGAUUGUCGGCCAUGUUUUUUGCUUAUGUCUGACUUUCUGGUACAGAAACCAGAAGUAAAAAAGGAACAACAGGAAACUCUCCCAAUACUUGUGCUUCUCAAAUAGUGGGGCGGGUCCUCUGCUCAAUGCUAACACGUGUUAUAUGAUGUCUUAUUUUCUCUUAUUAUGUCUACUCUAUAGGUUAAUGGAGUGUAAAAGUGACUAUAGGGGUGUUAUUUUAUGUCUCUGGGGCUCUAGUAUUGUAUCAGACAUAUUUAGAGGAUCAGAAGCAGGUUUUCUAUGCUCCAACUAUGAAAAUAGUCCAUUCAUACAAAAAGAAUCACAUUUUGUGGAAAUUCACUGAUCAUUGUCAGAUCUGGAGCCAAUUAACCAUGAUAAAUGAGGGAUGACUGUAAAAGUUCAACUUUAACAAAAUAGCUUAGCUUUGCGUUAAAUAAACGACAAAGCAAUGUAGUGUCAUCUUUAAUCAUGAAUAAUUUGUGAUUAAACCUCAAAAACGUAGCCAUGGUAAACUGUGAGUGGGAUAUUUCCGACUUCCCAGCCGUCCUGAAUGCAGCGCGUGAGUUAGUAUCUCAUGUACACACGUUUCUAUGUUGUCGUGCACAUGAGUUAAUAUCUCAGGUUUUAUUGUCUGGUGCAACAAUGUACGAUACAAGCGAGCGUCUUGUAUAGAUAUUUCACUUGCACACAAGAGGCUAACUUUUGUGCUUCGGUUCAAACAAAGACUGGAUCUUGUGAGGAGGUGAGAGCAAAGAGACAUGGACGCUAUCAAGUGCCAAAAGGGUGGGAAAACGUACGAGGGGAAUCCGGAGUGGACCGGCGUGCCAUGAGGGACUCUUUUCUAUGUAGAUGUAGUUUUUAUAUGAUAGAGUGCACAUCGUAACAACUAAAGACACACAAAGAUGACCUGUGAUACCUCCUCAGCUUCCACCGUCCUCCGACAAUCCUCCAGCCGUCUCCAGCUCCGCCCGGACUGCUCACUUCCUGUCACAUGACACCUGGACACUGGCGGAAUGGCUGAUGGGACUCUUGCAAAUAAAUGACAGGAAGGAAAUAACAGUCUGUCUUAAUAAUAAUAAUAAACACGCACUUGUUUGA